CAUGUCACUCUGUUGCGUUAUAUUUUUCUAUGCAAUACAAACUUUUGCAUGUACAAAUAUUAACACGGUAGAUUAGGGUUCAAACAAACUUAAAUGGUAUGAAUACCAGGUGUGUACUUCUUAGUAAGUUGUAUUAAAUCUUAUGAAGAAAGUUUUUAUAUCAAGAUUACAGAAGGACAACACAUAUACUUAGGAAUGGCAUCUGAAUAUAAGAUGGAUCACCCAAGACGCGGAAAAGCAGUCAUUAUCAACAAUGAAGAAUUUCCCCAUUCUAAUUUGAGACCUAUCAAAGGGUCCCAAAAUAGUGUUGAAUGCCUCACUAAAGGUUUACAGAAACUUCGUUUUCAAGUAGAAACCCAUGAUGAUUUGAGUAAAGCAGAAAUAAUGGACAGACUCCAAAAAGUGGCUUCUGAGGAUCACAGUGAAGCUGAUUGUCUUGUCGUAACUGUGAUGUCACACGGUAGUGAAUAUGGGAUAUGUGGAACUGAUUAUGGUUACAAUGAUGAUUAUACACAUGUUCAUAUACACGAUAUAGUUGAUCUGUUUAAAGCCAACAGCUGCCGUAGCUUAGCUGGAAAACCUAAAAUAUUUAUUAUAAAUGCAUGUCGCGGUAAUAUUAUGGAUUCGGGUGUAGCAGUUAAAGAUAAUCUUUCCUGUUUCUUCAGUCGAAAAGAUGAAGAAUCUCCUCGAAUACCAACACCGUCUGAUAUUCUGAUAUUUUAUUCCUGUUUUAAAGGCCAUGUUUCCAUCGCUAAUGACAAGGAAGGAUCGGCGUUUAUUAAUUGUUUGGGAAAAGUGUUGUAUGAAUAUGGAGAGUUUCUCCCACUUAGUGAUCUUUUAUUAUUAGUGAAAGAAAGAGUUGCAGCAGAUAUAUCGACGGUAAAUAUUCGAGGAGAAACCUACUUAUUGGUAGAUAUGCCAACCGUUUCUACCGACACGUUAAGAAAAAAAAUCUGUUUUAUGAAAAGGAAACUGGUUUUAUAAAUAUAACCCAAGCACAAACCUGUGAACAUAAACUAACCGAAAAGACUUUUUCAAUAAUAAAAUGCCAUGAAAUGAAAAUAAUAUAUAGCAAAAACAAUUAUUCAAAGAUUACACAAAAUUUAACUUUUGUUAACAGAUUCAUAAUUAUGAGUUUAUUAGUUUUUGUAUGUCUAAUUUUUGUUUUUGUAACUUUUAAAUGUAAAAUAUCAUAUUUACAUUGUAAUAGAUAAUAAAGUUCCCUUAUAUUCGC